AUGCGUCCUAGCCAUCGCCUCUGGCACUAUUUUCGCCAGAGCAAGUCCUCUGUCAAGACCCGCCAAACUCAACUGGUCAUCGACCAAGGCUCUGUGAACCAAAGAAUUGCCUUUGGUGACUCCUACACUUAUGUCCAGGGAACCUUCGGACACCAAAAUUUCAGUUUCAUUGGCGACCAAUUCAACCUCGCAUAUGAUGCCGAAACCCUGCUUUCCAACAAGAUAGUCCAAAAUCAAACCGCAACUGCAGAAGGCGGUCCGAACUGGGUCGAAUAUCUCACAAAUUGCGGCAUCCACCAAGGCCUCACCUCACCACAAGACUGCAAAAAGCAACUCUGGGAUUUCGCCUUUGCAGGCGCCGAUAUAUCAACCGACACACCACCCCACCACAACUUCACAGUCUCCCUCUUAGACCAGAUAAACCAAUUCAAGAAAUACGGCCACCCAGCCCUCCUACACAGUCUACCAAGCUUCACCCAAGACAAAACCCUAGUCGCCAUCUGGAUCGGCAUAAACGAUAUAAACGACAGCGCCAAGUACGCCGUGAACUUCCCGACCUUCUACAAAAGCCUCAUAGACACACUCUUCACAUCAGUGGAGACCCUCUACAGCCUGGGCUACAGAAGCUAUCUGUUCAUGAACCUGCCGCCGCUAGACCGCACGCCAGGGAACCAAGCAAAGAAGCACCCCAGUCCGAAUUCCACGCAGGUCGGGUGGUACAAUGCCGCGCUGGCAGAUCAUGCGGCUGGAUUUGCGGCAAAGCAUAGAGAGACGCGGGUUAUGGUCUUUGAUGCGCAUGCGAGGCUGGAGGCUAUGCUUGAUGAGCCGUACAAGUAUGGCAUUGUGAAUACGACGGACUUUUGUGCUGGGUAUGAUCAGCCGGAUAUUGCGGUUGCGUAUGAGAAGUAUGGGUGUCCGACGUCGUUGGAGCGGUAUUUCUGGUUUAAUUCGGGUCAUAUGACUAGCCAUGUCCAUGAGGUUUUGGCAGGGGAGGUGGAAAGGUGGUUGCAAGGAUAA